CCUCCCUCCUCCCCCACCUCGCCUGUUUUCACCUCCCGUGACCUCACCCCAGCCGCGCAGCUGGACCUUGCCCGGCGCCUCCCGAUCCCGGAGCUCGAAUCCCAGCGGGACCAGCCCAGCCCCGCCCCUUCCCUGGCAGGAGCGAGGCGGAGCAGUCUGCCCAGAGACUUAGCGACAGACAGACGCUGGGACCCACGACGACUGAAGACGCCGAUGGCCGCGCCUGCUGAGCCCUGCGCGGGGGAGGGGGUCUGGAACCAGACAGAGCCUGAACCUGCCGCCACCAGCCUGCUGAGCCUGUGUUUCCUGAGAACAGCAGGGGUCUGGGUGCCCCCCAUGUACCUCUGGGUCCUUGGUCCCAUCUACCUCCUCUUCAUCCACCACCAUGGCCGGGGUUACCUCCGGAUGUCCCCACUCUUCAAAGCCAAGAUGGUAGCUGCCAUCCCUGGGAGCCUGGAACCAGGCAAUGCUUAUCUAAGCCUGUACCCUCAGGUGCUUGGGUUCGCCCUCAUAGUCCUGUGUACCUCCAGCGUGGCUGUCGCUCUUUGGAAAAUCCAACGAGGAACGUCUGAGGCCCCGGAAUUCCUCAUUCACCCUACCGUGUGGCUCACCACGAUGAGCUUCGCCGUGUUCCUGAUUCACACCGAGAGGAAAAAGGGAGUCCAGUCAUCUGGAGUGCUGUUUGGGUACUGGCUUCUCUGCUUUGUCUUGCCAGCUACCAGCGCUGCCCAGCAGGCCUCCGGAGCGGGCUUCCAGAGUGACCCUGUCCGCCACCUGUCCACCUACCUAUGCCUGUCUCUGGUGGUGGCACAGUUUGUGCUUUCCUGCUUGGCGGAUCAACCCCCCUUCUUCCCUGAAGACCCCCAGCAGUCUAAUGCCUGUCCAGAGGCUGGGGCAUCCUUCCCCUCCAAAGCCAUGUUCUGGUGGGUUUCUGGGCUGGUCUGGAGGGGCUACAGGAGGCCACUGAGACCAAAAGACCUCUGGUCGCUUGGGAGAGAAAACUCCUCAGAAGAACUUGUUUCCAGGCUUGAAAAGGCGUGGAUGAGGAACCGCAGCGCAGCCCGGAGGCACACCAAGGCAACAACAUUUAAAAGGAAAGGCAGCAGUGACAUGGAGGCUCCAGAUACUGAGCCAUUCCUACGGCAAGAAGGGAGCCAGUGGGGCCCACUGCUGAAGGCCAUCUGGCAGGUGUUCCAUUCUACCUUCCUCCUGGGGACCCUCAGCCUCGUCAUCAGUGAUGUCUUCAGGUUCACUGUCCCCAAGCUGCUCAGCCUUUUCCUGGAGUUCAUUGGUGAUCCCAAGCCUCCAGCCUGGAAGGGCUACCUCCUCGCCGUGCUGAUGUUCCUCUCGGCCUGCCUGCAAACGCUGUUUGAGCAGCAGAACAUGUACAGGCUCAAGGUGCUGCAGAUGAGGCUGCGGUCAGCCAUCACUGGCCUGGUGUACAGAAAGGUCCUGGCUCUGUCCAGUGGCUCCAGAAAGGCCAGUGCGGUGGGUGACGUGGUCAACCUGGUGUCCGUGGACGUGCAGCGGCUGACUGAGAGCAUCAUCUACCUCAAUGGGCUGUGGCUGCCUCUUGUCUGGAUCGUGGUCUGCUUCGUCUAUCUCUGGCAGCUCCUGGGCCCCUCCGCCCUCACUGCCAUCGCUGUCUUCCUGAGCCUCCUCCCUCUGAAUUUCUUCAUCACCAAGAAGAGGAACCACCAUCAGGAAAAGCAAAUGAGGCAGAAGGACUUGCGGGCACGGCUCACCAGCUCCAUCCUCAGGAACUCGAAGACCAUCAAGUUCCAUGGCUGGGAGGGAGCCUUUCUGGACAGAGUCCUGGGCAUCCGAGGCCAGGAGCUGGGCGCCUUGCGGACCUCCGGCCUCCUUUUCUCUGUGUCGCUGGUGUCCUUCCAAGUGUCUACAUUUCUGGUCGCACUGGUGGUGUUUGCUGUCCACACUCUGGUGGCCGAGAAUGCUAUGGAUGCAGAGAAAGCCUUUGUGACUCUCACGGUUCUCAACAUCCUCAACAAGGCCCAGGCGUUCCUGCCCUUCUCCAUCCACUCCCUCGUCCAGGCCCGGGUGUCCUUUGACCGCCUGGUCACCUUCCUCUGCCUGGAAGAAGUUGACCCUGGUGCCGUGGACUCAAGUUCCUCUGGAAGCUCUGCUGGGAAGGAUUGCAUCACCAUACGCAAUGCCACCUUCACUUGGUCCCAGGAGAGCCCUCCCUGCCUCCACAGAAUAAACCUCACCGUGCCCCAGGGCUGUCUGCUGGCUGUUGUCGGUCCAGUGGGGGCAGGGAAGUCCUCCCUGCUGUCCGCCCUCCUUGGGGAGCUGUCAAAGGUAGACGGAUUCAUGAGCAUCAAGGGUGCUGUGGCCUACGUGCCCCAGGAGGCCUGGGUGCAGAACGCCUCCGUGGUGGAGAAUGUGUGCUUCGGGCAGGAGCUGGAGCCAGCCUGGCUGGAGAGAGUUCUGGAAGCCUGCGCCCUGCGGCCGGAUGUGGACAGCUUCCCCGAGGGAGUCCACACUUCAAUCGGGGAGCAGGGCAUGAAUCUCUCUGGAGGCCAGAAGCAGCGGCUGAGCCUGGCCCGGGCUGUGUACAGAAAGGCAGCUGUAUACCUGCUGGAUGACCCCCUGGCAGCCCUGGAUGCCCACGUUGGCCAGCAUGUCUUCAACCAGGUCAUCGGACCUGGUGGGCUACUCCAGGGAACAACACGGAUUCUCGUGACCCACGCACUCCACAUCCUGCCCCAGGCUGACUGGAUUGUGGUGCUGGCAGAUGGGGCCAUCGCAGAGAUGGGUUCCUACCAGGAGCUUCUGCAGAGGAAGGGGGCCCUCAUGGGUCUUCUGGAUCAAGCCAGACAGCCAGGAGAUACAGGAGAAGGAGAAACAGAACCUGGAACCAGCACCAAGGACCCCAGAGGCUCCUCUGCAGGCAGGAGGCCCGAGCUUAGACCCGAGAGGUCCAUCAAGUCAGUCCCUGAGGACUGUACCACUUCAGAAGCCCGGACAGAGGUUCCUCUAGAUGACCCUGACAGGGCAGGAUGGCCCACAGGAAAGGACAGCACGCAGUAUGGCAGGGUGAAGGCCACAGUGCACCUGGCCUACCUGCGUGCGGUGGGCACCCCCCUCUGCCUCUAUGCACUCUUCCUCUUCCUCUGCCAGCAAGUGGCGUCCUUCUGCCGGGGUUACUGGCUGAGCCUGUGGGCGGACGACCCCACAGUGGGUGGGCAGCAGACGCAGGCAGCCCUGCGUGGUGGGAUCUUCGGGCUCCUCGGCUGUCUCCAAGCCAUUGGGCUGUUUGCGUCCAUGGCUGCGGUGCUCCUAGGUGGGGUCCGGGCAUCCAGGUUGCUCUUCCAGAGGCUCCUGUGGGAUGUGGUGCGAUCGCCCAUCAGCUUCUUUGAGCGGACACCCAUCGGCAACCUGCUGAACCGCUUCUCCAAGGAGACAGACACGGUUGAUGUGGACAUUCCAGACAAACUCCGGUCCCUGCUGAUGUAUGCCUUCGGACUCCUGGAGGUCAGCCUGGUGGUGGCAGUGACUACUCCACUGGCCACUGUGGCCAUCCUGCCACUGUUUCUCCUCUACGCUGGGUUUCAGAGCCUGUAUGUGGUUAGCUCAUGCCAGCUGAGACGCUUGGAGUCAGCCAGCUACUCAUCUGUCUGCUCCCACAUGGCUGAGACGUUCCAGGGCAGCACAGUGGUCCGGGCGUUCCGAACCCAGGCCCCCUUUGUGGCUCAGAACAAUGCUCGCGUAGAUGAAAGCCAGAGGAUCAGUUUCCCGCGACUGGUGGCUGACAGGUGGCUUGCGGCCAAUGUGGAGCUCCUGGGGAAUGGCCUGGUGUUUGCGGCUGCCACGUGUGCUGUGUUGAGCAAAGCCCACCUCAGCGCCGGCCUCGUGGGCUUCUCUGUCUCUGCUGCCCUCCAGGUGACCCAGACACUGCAGUGGGUUGUUCGCAACUGGACAGACCUAGAGAACAGCAUCGUGUCAGUGGAGCGGAUGCAGGACUAUGCCUGGACGCCCAAGGAGGCUCCCUGGAGGCUGCCCACAUGUGCAGCUCAGCCCCCCUGGCCUCAUGGCGGGCAGAUUGAGUUCCGGGACUUUGGGCUAAGAUACCGACCUGAGCUCCCGCUGGCUGUGCAGGGCGUGUCCUUCAAGAUCCACGCAGGAGAGAAGGUGGGCAUCGUUGGCAAGACAGGGGCCGGGAAGUCCUCCCUGGCCAGUGGGCUGCUGCGGCUCCAGGAGGCAGCUGAGGGCGGGAUCUGGAUCGACGGGGUCCCCAUUGCCCACGUGGGGCUGCACACACUGCGCUCCAGGAUCAGCAUCAUCCCCCAGGACCCCAUCCUGUUCCCUGGCUCUCUACGGAUGAACCUUGACCUGCUGCAGGAGCACUCGGACGAGGCUAUCUGGGCAGCCCUGGAGACUGUGCAGCUGAAAGCCUUGGUGGCCAGCCUGCCCGGCCAGCUGCAGUACAAGUGUGCCGACCGAGGCGAGGACCUGAGCGUGGGCCAGAAACAGCUCCUGUGUCUGGCACGUGCCCUUCUCCGGAAGACCCAGAUCCUCAUCCUGGACGAGGCUACGGCUGCCGUGGACCCGGGCACAGAGCUGCAGAUGCAGGCCACACUCGGGAGCUGGUUUGCACAGUGCACUGUGCUGCUCAUCGCGCACCGCCUGCGCUCCGUGAUGGACUGUGCCCGGGUUCUGGUCAUGGACAAGGGGCAGGUGGCAGAGAGCGGCAGUCCGGCCCAGCUGCUGGCCCAGAAGGGCCUGUUUUACAGGCUGGCCCAGGAGUCAGGCCUGGUCUGACCCAAGACCCUCACCUGUACCCCCGUCGGGCCAGCCCACAGAGCCUGCAGUGCUGGAGAUGGAAGUGACCCGGGGUCAUUGAUAGCUCCACGUGACGUUCAGUCUAGACCCGUGUUUGCUCUCUGGGAGGAAAAUGGCAGAGAAAGUGGCGGAUUAUCACAGAGCAUGAGAGCUGGAAGGACCCAGCAAUACACAGGUCUGCCCGGGCAGGACCCAGCUCGCCCUGUCCACCCUGCAGCCCACGUCAACAGUGACUCUCAGCCCAGCUGUACCCUGGACUCACGUCGGGGACUCAAGCACAUGCCCAGGCUCCCCGCUAGACCCUUAAAUCAGAAUCCCUGGGACGGGGGACUGCCAUGCUGUGUGUACUUUUUGGAAAUUAACACUUUUAUUUUGGGAUAAUCCCAGACUCACAUGCAGUUAAAGAAACAAUAUAGAUUCGUGUACCCGCUACCCCGUUUCUCCCAAUGGUAACAUCUUACAAAACUCUAGUAUAGAGCAUCACCGCCAGGGCAUUGACACUGACACAACAAUCUUGCUCGAUUUCCCGUUUUACUUGUA